GACAAGCGGGACGUCUCUGCUGCUGGACAGUCCGUCUUCACUCACCGUGUCUCCACGUUUCAACUUUUACAAAACCUGCCAGUUAGUCAGUCUUUGUCCAAAUGACAGUGACUCAAGACCGGCCGCUGACUUAUGCCAAAAUGAGAGGGCUUAUGUCGUUUUUCUCAGCUCUGCUCAAGGGGAAGAAAGUUGGCUUCAGUGACUUCUUACACAAAUACGUCUCCAGUCAGCAGUUCUGCCAACACCUGGACACCCACAAAAUCUUGCGGCGACAGAGCAAGCUGAGAAAAGAGAAGGAGAGAGGCGCCUUGAGCUCAGUGAACUCAACAACCUCACAGAUGAAGCCGUCAGAUUUUGACUACCUCAAAGUUAUCGGCACAGGAAGCUUUGGAAAGGUGCUGCUGGCAAAACACAGAAAACAUGGAGGCUAUUAUGCUGUCAAAGUGCUGCAGAAACAGAUGAUUGUCAAGAGGAGAGAGCAAAAGAAUGUGAUGGUUGAGAGGAGCGUGCUGCUGAAGGGACUAAAACAUCCAUUCCUAGUUGGACUCCACUUCUCUUUCCAGACACUAAACAGGCUCUACUUUGUCCUGGACUACGUCAAUGGAGGGGAGCUUUUCUACCACCUUCAGAGGGAGGGGUCGUUUCCUGAACCCAGGGCGGCUUUCUACGCUGCAGAGAUGUCCUUGGCGCUGGGCUACCUCCACUCUCUUGACAUCGUUUACAGAGACCUCAAACCAGAGAACAUCCUGCUGGACAGCGAUGGUCAUGUGAUGCUGACUGACUUUGGGCUUUGUAAAGAAGGGGUGGCCAUCGGUGGGAUCAUGCACACAUUCUGUGGGACUCCAGAGUACCUCGCUCCAGAGGUGCUACAGGGCCAACCGUACAGUCCAGCAGUGGACUGGUGGAGCCUCGGCACUGUGCUGUUUGAGAUGCUCUACGGACUGCCUCCAUUUUACAGCCGCAGCAAAGCGGAGAUGUUUGAGAACAUACUUCACGCUCCUCUGCAGAUGCGAAGUGGGGGGUCUCCAGCUGCACACUCACUUUUAGAGGGAUUGCUGGAAAGAGACGUUUCGAAACGCUUAGGGGGAAGAUUUGACCUUGUGGAGCUGCAGGAGCAUCCCUUUUUUGCAUCGAUCAACUGGGACGACCUCCUGGCCAGAAAAGUUAGACCCCCGUUCAUCCCAAAAGUGACUGGUCCCUGUGAUGUCAGCUACAUUGACUCCGCAUUCACACAACAGCCCGUCCCUGCUUCAGUGAAUGAGCGGUGCCAGGCGGGCGGGGUCGGCGAGGCCUUCCUGGGAUUCUCCUUCAUGAACCCAUUGGAGUACGUGGCAGCCGAGACGGUUUUAUAACAACGCUGAGUCCUCCGGGAGCAUGUUUGUUCAAAUAUUUAUUUUUUAUGUCAUAAAUUAUUAAACCAAAGUCUAUUUUUAAACACUUCUGCUAAAAAGAUUCUUACACUAACAGUGCAUGUUUCAUUGGUUACUUAAGCACAUUUGUUACGUUAUUACUGUAAUUGUGAGCAUCAGUUCAUAAUGUGAAAUAGGCUGGUCACUAUUUCACAAGUUACCUUAACAUGCAAAUAGGUGGGAAAAUAAACAAUCUGAAACAGCUUUCAUUGUUUUAACACUUUUAUAUCAAUUUAUAUGUUUAAAAUACACAACAAGCAUUUAUUGCAACUUUCCCGUUCUGCCGUUACAUUCACAGUUUGCUGAAAAUACUUCACAGGGUGCCUUAAAAAUCCUUCAUAGUGACAGAGACAUUGUGCAUCACAAGAAAUGCAUCUCUUUUUGGCAUUAACAUAAAAACAAUAGGACGACAGUCUGCUGACAACCCUGAAACACAAAUUGGACCCAGUUUUGACUUAACAUGGAUCGACAUAACUUUUCUUGUACUGCGCUCAGAUACUUUCACAAGUAUUUAAACCUUUGAAAUCUCAGAAAAUGGGUUUGCUUUCUUCUGAAGAUUUGGACUUUUUUUUUAAAAGCUA